UGCCUUCGAGCCGCUGACCUCGCCACCCCUCGCGCCCAGCUGCCUGCGGAGGAGCCGAUCGUGUCCACGGACGAGGUCAUCUUCCCUCUCACCGUUUCCCUGGAUAGACUGCCCCCGGGGACACCCAAGGCCAAGAUCGUGGUGACCGUGUGGAAGCGGGAAGUUGAGGCGCCAGAGGUCAGAGACCAGGGCUACCUUCGGCUGCUGCAGACUCGAGCUCCUGGGGAGACCUUCCGGGGCGAGCAGAGUGCUUUCAAGGCCCAAGUGAGCACCCUGCUGACUCUGCUGCCCCCCCCAGUUCUGAAAUGCCGGCAGUUCACUGUGGCUGGAAAACACUUGACUGUGCUCAAGGUGCUGAACAGCUCCUCCCAGGAGGAAAUCUCCAUCUGGGAUCUCCGAAUCCUUCCCAACUUCAACGCCAGUUAUCUACCUGUCAUGCCCGACGGCUCCGUGUUGCUGGUGGACAAUGUCUGCCACCAGUCUGGGGAAGUCUCCAUGGGCUCCUUCUGCCGGCUCCCUGGAACCUCUGGCUGCUUCCCCUGCCCGCUUAGUGCCCUGGAGGAACACAACUUCCUGUUUCAGCUGAGGGGGGGCGAGCAGCCCCCUCCAGGGGCCAAGGAGGGCCUAGAAGUUCCCUUGGUGGCUGUGGUUCAGUGGUCCACCCCAAAGCUGCCCUUCACCCAGAGCAUCUACACCCACUAUCGCCUGCCCAGCAUCCGCCUGGACCGCCCGUGUUUUGUGAUGACGGCGUCCUGCGAGUCGCCCGUUCGGACCUACGAGCGUUUCACUGUUACCUACACGCUGCUCAACAACCUCCAAGACUUCCUCGCUGUGAGGCUCGUAUGGACCCCGGAGCACGCGCAGGCCGGAAAGCAGCUGUGUGAGGAAGAGCGCCGGGCCAUGCAGGCAGCCCUGGACUCCAUCGUCUGCCACACACCCCUCAACAACCUCGGCUUUUCCCGGAAGGGCAGUGCGCUCACCUUCAGUGUGGCCUUCCAGGCUCUGAGGACAGGGCUCUUUGAGCUGAGCCAGCACAUGAAACUGAAGCUGCAGUUCACCGCCAGCGUGUCCCACCCUCCACCGGAGGCCCGGCCCCUCUCUCGGAAGAGCAGCCCCAGCAGCCCUGCCGUCCGGGACCUGGUGGAGAGGCACCAGGCCAGCCUGGGCCGCUCCCAGUCCUUCUCCCACCAGCAGCCUUCCCGCAGCCACCUCAUGAGGUCAGGCAGUGUGAUGGAGCGCAGGGCCAUCACGCCCCCUGUGGCCUCCCCUGUCGGCCGUCCUCUCUACCUGCCCCCGGACAAGGCUGUGCUCUCUCUGGAUAAGAUUGCCAAGCGCGAGUGCAAGGUCUUGGUGGUGGAGCCUGUCAAGUAGCACCACGCCAGCUCUGCUCCCUCUUACACUCCAGAGACCACAGAUGCCCUGGAGGGAGUCCCAGGCUGUUCUCUCCUGGGUUGCCUCCCGGCAGGGACCAAGAAGCCUGGCAGAGUCGCCUGUCUGUGUCUGCUGAGGGACGGGAAGAAGCUGUGAAGUGGGCGGGUCUGGCUGCAGGCUAAGCCAACAGUAUUCCCCAAGUUCCCCUGGGGGGGCUGGCCCCACCCCAAGGCCAGGGCGAGGGCUCCAGGAACUCCCCUGCCCCCAGCCCUUUUCCCUGGUUCUAAGUUUACAAAGUCUUUUCCUCAUUCUCAUGUGGUUAUUUUUCCUGCUCGUUCCGUCGUACCCACCUCCAGGGCUGAGAUUAGAGGGUGGUGAUGGCAAGGGACCCCGACAAUGACCCUCCUGUCUCGGGUUGGGGACACGGCUAGGUGGCCUCCUUCCACCCUUCAUGUUUACGUUUGCAGCCUAAAGCACUUUAAGUUGUAUUUUUGGGUCUGUUCCUGUAACUUAUUCUCCAACUACUGCUUCCAACUGAAAUAAGACUAUUAAAUGCUGUUCAGGAAGGAGAA